AUGGAGUGGCAACAGAUUAUUCAGGAGAACACGUUGUCCGCGAAGGCGAGGGUGCGUCAGGAAGUAUAUGGAAAGACGCUUCGGGAUGCGGCUCCGCCUGCGGUCAUGGUUCCCAAGUACAAGAGGCCGACGAAGUUACUAGCGAGACCAAGGGAACCUGAGCGAGCCCAAGUCACGAAGAUUGUGGAAGAGCCACAACCACAGAGAGACGUCGAGGACGUGGGAUCAGCUGGGGAUGCUGCGUUUGAAGCAUACACCCCGAGCGUGAUUGGUUCACUCAUGGCUGUCGUGGCUCUGCCUGAACUUGUCACCCCAGAUAUGCGAGUGAGCGCUGAAGAAUUCGAUUUGGAACCAGCGGUUUAUAUUCGCGAAGGGAGUGAGCUUAUGUCCCAAUUGAAAGAUCAGUUGGUCAUGCUACCUGAUUUGGAUGAUCUCUCUCCUGAAUGUGAUAUUGAGGCCGCUGACGUUGGAGAACCUGGAAAAAGCACUGAGGCUCAGGAAGAGCAGCUGAAGUCCAUCCUGAAAAGACACAAGAAGAUCUACUUCGGAGACGGGAAUGCUGCCCCGCCUCCGGCGAGGGGCGUCUUCUGUGAUUUAGAUGUGGGUGAUGCCAGGCCAGUUGCCCAACGACCACGAUCGGUCGGUCCACACUUGGCAAUCAAGGUAUACAAGUUGCUGAAGAAGCUCCUGGAAGCUACACUGAUUGAACACUCUGAAUCGCCAUGGGCAUCACCAAUUGUGAUCGUGCUCAAGAAGAUUGGAGUAGACAUUCGGAUGUGCAUCGACUAUCGAGUCGUGAAUAGUUUCAUUCAAUUGUCGAACUACCUGUUACCACUGAUCGACGACCUCAUCACCGGUUUUGAAGGAAUGAUGUGGUUUAUGAGUCUUGAUAUGGCAAGUGGUUUCUGGGCAGUCCGAAUGACUGAAAGGGCUAAGUUGAUCUCGGCGUUUACCUGUCCAUUCGUGCAUUUCCAAUGG